AUGAGUAAUUAAUGUAAGGGUUAGAGAAAGCUAAAAUUGCUUAUGAAACCAAUAAUCAGACUGGAUUAUUAUAAUCAUUAUAAAGAGAUACAUAAUCACUCUAAUAAACUGUAUUAUAUUACAAGAAAAUUAAUAAUUAAUAAUCUUAACAAAUCUUAGAAUUAUAAUACAUAUUAAAUGAGAGAGAAGAAUUAAAUAUUGAAUAGAAAUAUAUAACUAAUUAUUAAUUAAUAGAAUCAUAAUAAACAAAUAAGAUAUUCAUAGAAUAAUUUUUAUAAUUGGAAUAAAAAUAUUUAUUAAAAUAUUUUGAAUUAGAUUGAAAACAAAUUGUUGAAAAAGGAUGGUCAGAUAAAAUUGAUAUUUUAUAAAAUGAGAAUAAGAAUUUGAAUCAAAUGUUACAAUAACGAUUGAAUGAUUAGAUACAAAUAUAAUAAUAGUAUAAAUAAUAAAAUUAAAUCAUUAUCAAAUUAGAAUAAAAAAUAGCUAUACUAUAAUAAUAACAUAAAGAAUAGAAUUAUUUUAUAACAAAAAAGAAUUAAGAUCAAAUCCAAAUUAUUUCAAAUCUGAACUGAAUAAAUAAUACGAAUAAAGAAAUGAAGAAAAUAAGAAAUUAAAUGAAUUAUUAAAAUAAUAAGAAUAUAAAUGGAGAUUAUCUUGCAUUGAAUUCGAAAAGGAGAUGUAGUAAUCUUAUUCCACUAAAUUGAAUUUCGAAAUCAAACAUUAAGUUUAGAUAAUUUCUGAUGACUAUUAAAAAUCUUUAAUUAAUUAUACCUAAACUAUUGCUGUAUUGUAGGGACAAAUGUAAAUAUUAUAAAAAAAUAAAAUGAAUAACUUCACAAAAUUGAUUCUUAAAACCACUAUCUUGAAUUAAAAUUCAAAUUAUGUUAAUAAUUACAAUACUUUGGGAAUCUUAGAAUAAUUGAAUAGAUUAGAAGAUUGUUAAAAGUACAAUUCAAAAAUGUAUAAAAAAUGUUAACAAAUUUUAAUAAAAAAUUUUAUGUUUGAUAAAAACCUAUAUAUAUAUAUUAUAUUAAUAUUGAUUAUCAAUUCAAUUUUAAAGUCGAGGAAAGUUUAAUAGAGUAAAUCCAAUAUCAGAUUUAAUGCUAAAUACUCCAAUAACUUUCUUAAGUGGAUUCUAGGAGUAUAUAUUAAAAUUAAUUUAAUAGAAUUUAUAUUAUUAACAAAAUAUAGUAUUUAAUGA